AGCAGGGGUGGGAAUUUGCUGUUCUGCACCACUGGCAGGGGUGGGGAGGUGGGGGUGCAUUAAAAUGAGCCCCUCAGUGUUGGAUGCUGGAGGGGUGGAAUUGGCUGUUUGUGGGUGCAGUUAGAGAAAGUAUAUUGUGUACCCAAGCAGAAAUACUCUCUGAAUGCUCAGGUUAAAUGGAGGGGCAAACCUGAGUCAGAAGAGCUGUGGGUCCAAGUAGCUGCAACUCUGCUGCAGGGGAUCAAGGACACCCCCACCUGCCUUCCCUGAUCCCAAAUGCUGUGAUUAGUGGCUGAGGAUUUUCCUUUCAGGAGGGGUCCGUUCUCCCCAUUGGAUUGCUGGACACCGAGAGAGAGAGCGCGCACACUGGGAGCACAGCACCUAGGGAGGCUGUGGAGAAUGCCGUAAGACAUGGGCUCCCGCAGCAGCAGCAACGCCGGCUCGGGCGGUCGGGAUCGCCAGGGCAGCUGGUUGCCGAGGGAGUCUGGGGUCGUGCGCAGCGAGGAAGAGGACGACGAAGACGAGGAUGUGGAUCUGGCCCAGAGGACAGUUUCAUCUGAUGCAGGGUGGGGGAGCAGCCAGCGUCCAGGUGGUCCACGCGCUAUCUGACUCCGAGGACGACAGUGACAGCGCGUGGGAAGGGCGGCUGGGAGACCAGUACAAACCCACAGUGGAUCUGGCGCCAGACACCCGCAACCUGGAGAACAAUGAGAUCAGAACGCGGAUCCAGUUGGCGACGGGCAGGCUAGGCCCCGGACCGACCAACCGCAGUAUCCCUAAGAUGCUUUACCAGAGAGAGCGGGGCCUCUGCCAUAACGGCAGCUUCUCCCCUGGCGAGUGCUCUCGGAUCGUGUCACACUUCCUCCCCAACUACUUGACCUUCACAGACUCCUACUCUCAGAAGGCUUUCUGUGGGAUUUAUUCCCAGGAUGGACAGCUGUUUAUGUCAGCUUGUCAAGACCAGACAAUCCGCUUGUACAACUGCUCCUAUGGAGCCUUCCGGAAAUUCAAGAGCAUCAAAGCGCGGGACGUGGGCUGGAGCGUGCUCGACGUCGCCUUCACCCCAGACGGGGCGCAUUUCCUUUACUCCAGCUGGUCCAACUACAUACACAUUGGCAAUAUCUACGGUGAAAGCGACACCCACACGGCCCUGGAUCUGAGGCCUGACGAGCGCCGCUUUGCUGUCUUUUCCCUUACAGUCUCCUCCGAUGGACGGGAAGUGCUGGGAGGGGCCAACGAUGGCUGCGUCUACGUCUUUGAUAUGGAGCAGAAGAAGAGGAUACUCAAGAUCGAGUCCCACGAAGACGACGUGAACGCCGUGGCCUUCGCCGACAACAGUUCCCACAUUGUGUUUUCCGGGGGCGACGACGCCAUCUGCAAAGUGUGGGACCGGCGCACCAUGAGGGAAGGUGACCCCAAGCCGGUGGGGGUCCUGGCUGGCCACCGCGACGGCAUCACUUUCAUCGACAGCAAAGGAGAUGCCCGGUACCUCAUCUCCAACUCCAAGGACCAGACCAUUAAGUUGUGGGACAUGCGGAAGUUCUCGGGCCGGGAGGGGUUGGAAGCGUCCCGCCAAGCCGUCACUCAGCAGAACUGGGAUUAUCGUUGGCAGCAGGUGCCCAAGAAAGCUCAGCGCAAAUCAAAACUCCCGGGCGACAGCUCGCUCAUGACGUACCGAGGCCACGGAGUGCUGCAUACGCUGAUCCGUUGCCGUUUCUCCCCAGCCCACAGUACUGGGCAGCAGUACAUCUAUAGCGGCUGCUCGACUGGCAAGGUGGUAGUGUACGACCUCCUCAGCGGCCAUAUUGUGAAGAGACUGACUGAGCACCGCGCCUGCGUCCGGGAUGUCAGCUGGCACCCCUACGAAGAGAAGAUCGUCAGCAGUUCGUGGGACGGCUACCUCCGGCUGUGGGAGCAUCGCCAAACCGAAUACGACGAAGAUGCUUUCCGGCACCCCCAGCAGCUCCCUUCUGCCAGAGAACCCCACCUCAGAUUCUAGAACCUCCAAUCAGUAGCUCUCUUGCUCUGCUGGACCCUGUUCUUCAGUUUUGGACUCGCUGGGGGGGGGGGGGGGUUUGUGGGGGGGGACUGACCACGGAACAUUGGCGGGGGGACCUCGGAUGCACCUCUAUUCAUAAAUAAUUUGCUGAUGAAGGGGCACGAAACAGGCUCGAAGCAGAGCGCCCUGCCAGCAUUGGGCCACAGUUUGCUUUUUGGGGUGGGGGGGCAGUGGGUGAGUGAGGCUUCCCUGGAUGGGUGGGGCCUCCCUUGCCCUGGAUAAAGCUGGCCUGCGAUUGGCUGGCCCGCCUAGCAGGAUCCUUCACAGGUGCCGUGGCAAAUGCUCAGGAGCGGGGACCAUAAAGGGGUGGGUGGGUUUCCCAGCUGGGAUGGAGCAGUGCGGCAGCAGGGGAGGGGCUUUCUGGAGAGCUCCCUUUGGCGGUGGGUGUCUGGCCACAGGAUGAACUGCAGCUAUGGUGAGGAGGGGGCGUUCCUGUUUCCCCCAGUCUCAUUUUCGCACUUAGGUACCCCAGUGUGAAUUACUUGUGUGGGAAUAAUUGGGUGUGAGAUUCCCACCAAAGAGCCGGGGGCCCUUUCUUGUUGCCAUAAUUCCUUCGACGGGGAUCCAGUUCUGCAGAUGCUCGGUCUUUCGGGGAACGUCUCUGCCCCAGUGGGGAUAGCCUGUGUGUGUGUGUGUGUAUAGUGUGCACAAUCUUGUGUGUGAGUUUGUAUAUACGGGAUAAUGGGAGAGAAACAGACCGGAGUUUCUGGGUCGAAGCAAGGGUCCGGUAAGCAGCCUGUGUCGUGCCCGCCUCUCGCCUCUCUUCCUUGGCACCUCCCCCCCCCCAUUUAUAAUUGCUUGCUGAGAUCUCUCCCCAGAGAUAAUUUCUGGUCUCCCAACUUUCUCUUCUGACGCCCUGCUGGGGCUGCAAGCACGGGGGUCUCUUUCACGCAGGGUGGGGGAUUUUUCUCACGUUGAACCCCUCCCUGCCUAACGAAGCAAAGAAGGUAGAACUGUAUGUACUAGUCUGGGGGUACAUUGGGAGGCUGCCCCUAAUGUCCCUUGCUGGAAUUGUUCAAGCUAUUGCCCUACCCCACUGUAGAUGUAACGGUGGUGGGCGGGUGGGGGAUUUCUAUGGGGUAGUCCUCCAGGACUUUAAUUUGUUUUGAAAGCAUAUAGAGAUUCUUUUAUUAAAAAUUCAGAAAAGACCGGUAAGGCUUUCAUUAAGUUUCUGCAUCUAAACCGGGGGGUGGGGGUGGGGGGUGGGGCGUUCGUCAAACCCUGCACAAAGUCGGUCUGUACGAGAGGUGCGGGGGGGGGGGGUGUCCCUCUGUGGGAAGGGCCGUUUCCCUCCCGAGGGGGUUCCUGUGCUAACUACUGUCUGUGUCAAUAAAAGUUGUUGAAAUUUC